AUGAAGGCACANAAAGGUACCAUCCACAGCAUCGAGGACGUGUCCACCGCAGACACCAAAUGGGUCGCCCUGCGCAAGAUCAACUGGACAGACCAGAGCAACAAGUCACGAACAUGGGAAGUCGCUUCCCGCAAGACACGCGGUAAAGCCGGUGUCGAUGCAGUCGCUAUGGGAAACAUUAUCUUGCAUCCUAGCAAGCCGCCUACCACUAUCUUGGUGCUACAGUACCGUCCACCUAUCGACGCUAUCUCUGUCGAGUGGCCUGCUGGUUUGGUGGAUGCAGAUGAGAGUGUGGAGGAUGCUGCUGUCAGAGAGUUGAGAGAGGAAACUGGCUAUGAGGGCAAGGUCACCUCUGUCAGUCCCAUCGUAGCAGCAGACCCGGGAAUGACUAGUGCGAACAUGCAGUUGGCUACGAUGGAGGUACACCUCAAGGAGGGCGACAAAGAGCCUGAGCAACAACUUGAUGAGGGUGAACAUAUUGAGCGUGUGGUUGUUCCUUUGAACGAGCUUUACGAGAAGUUGGUCGAGUAUAGCAACAAGGAUGGGUAUAUGGUCAGUGCUAAGCUCUUCCAUUGGGCACAUGGUGUGCAUAUGGCCAAGACGAAGAGUUAUCUGUAG